AUGAAUUUUUUAUCCCUAAAUGUGAGAGGGAUAGGGCAAGAAGCUAAGGCUCGCCGAGUUAGUAAUCUGAUGUUUGUGCAUAAAAUCUAUUUUUUGUGCAUUAAGGAGACUCAAUUUACGGAUGGGUCUAAAAUAAGAGCCCGUUCAUCGUGGAGGUCGGAUUCGUUCGAGUGGGAUUUUGUUAAUUUCAACGGGAGGUCAGGGGGGUUGUUGUGCGCUUGGGAUAUGGAGGUAUUUAUGGUUGUGUCGACAAUUAAAAGCAAGUUCUAUAUGGUGGUCAAAGGAAAGAUUAAAGGUUAUGACCAGAUUGUUUUUAUUGUAAACGUUUAUGGGCCUCGAAACCUUCCCGAUAGAAAGAUGGUUUGGCUGGAGCUUCAGCAGUUAAAGGAGAACAACCCGGGGGUGUGGGUGUUGAUAGGCGAUUUUAAUGCGGUUAGGUUCAUGGAGGACAAAUGUAAUUCAGAUUUUGAUCCAGCGUGUGCUACAGCGCUGAAUGGCUUCCUGACGAAAGCUUAUUUGCAUCAGUUCACUAUGAAAGGCCAGCGAUAUACCUAUUGUAAAGACAAGGACAGAAAGCUGAGUAAAAUUGACAGGUACUUGUCAGAUCACUCACCUCUCGUUCUUAUUUCUCAUCCGUUUGAUUAUGGUCCGUGUCCUUUUCGGGUUUUUAACUCAUGGCUGGAGGUCCCAAAUUUGGAAGCGGUAGUAGUUGGUGCUUUGUCUUCUAUGCAGUUCGUUGGUUCUCCUGAUGUUAUUUUAAGCUCUAAGCUUAAAUGCAUUAAAGAGGAGAUUAAAAAGUGGGUUAAUAUUAGGAAAUCAAAAGCAACUGAAAAGUAUGAUAAGGCAUGUUCAGACCUUCAUGACCUGGACUUGGCAAUGGAAGAGAGAGAUCUAGAAGAGGAGGAAGAGUAG